GAGUCUUGGCGGCAGUUGGUGGAGACGGAGCUGUGGGUUGGCGUUGUUUGCGCGUUUACCUGAGUACUACGUAGUACUCCAGUGUUCCGGGAACUCUUCUCGCCAGCCCACCUCACUCCGGCCCUAUCUGUGAGGAGAGCGGUGCCAGCCCGAGCCCUGCCUGGGAUUGGGCGCCCGCCGAAGUCGGCACUCCAUUUGCCGUGGCUCUGAGGCUCUCGUCAGGAUUGCCCUUGCCUCAUCGCCAUGGCGCCCACUAUCCAGACCCAGGCCCAGCGCGAGGAUGGCCACAGUGUCUGUCUCUUACCCACCAGGCCCAAUUCUCACCGGACUUUGCCUGAGAGGUCUGGAGUGGUCUGCCGAGUCAAGUACUGCAAUAGCCUCCCUGACAUCCCCUUCGACCCGAAGUUCAUCACCUAUCCCUUCGACCAGAACAGGUUUGUUCAGUACAAAGCAACUUCCCUGGAAAAACAGCACAAACAUGAUCUCUUGACUGAGCCAGACUUGGGAGUUACCAUUGACCUCAUCAACCCUGACACCUACCGCAUCGACCCCAAUGUACUCCUAGACCCAGCUGAUGAGAAGCUUCUGGAAGAGGAGAUUCAGGCCCCCACCAGUUCCAAGAGAUCCCAGCAGCACGCGAAGGUGGUGCCAUGGAUGCGGAAGACGGAGUACAUCUCCACUGAAUUCAACCGUUAUGGCAUUUCCAAUGAGAAACCUGAGGUCAAGAUUGGGGUUUCUGUGAAGCAGCAAUUCACUGAGGAGGAAAUAUACAAAGACAGGGAUAGCCAGAUUACAGCUAUAGAGAAAACUUUUGAGGAUGCCCAGAAAUCUAUCUCCCAGCAUUACAGCAAGCCCCGAGUGACACCAGUGGAGGUCAUGCCUGUCUUUCCAGAUUUUAAGAUGUGGAUCAACCCUUGCGCUCAGGUAAUUUUUGACUCAGACCCCGCCCCCAAGGACACAAGUGGUGCAGCUGCAUUGGAGAUGAUGUCUCAGGCCAUGAUCAGGGGCAUGAUGGAUGAGGAAGGGAACCAGUUUGUGGCUUACUUUCUGCCUGUGGAGGAAACACUGAAGAAACGAAAACGGGACCAGGAAGAGGAGAUGGAUUAUGCACCAGAUGAUGUGUAUGACUACAAGAUAGCUCGAGAGUACAACUGGAAUGUGAAGAACAAGGCUAGCAAGGGCUAUGAGGAAAACUACUUCUUUAUCUUCCGAGAGGGUGAUGGUGUUUACUACAAUGAAUUGGAGACCAGGGUUCGCCUGAGUAAGCGCCGAGCCAAGGCCGGGGUUCAGUCGGGUACCAAUGCCCUGCUUGUGGUCAAACACCGGGACAUGAAUGAGAAGGAAUUAGAAGCUCAGGAGGCACGGAAGGCUCAGCUGGAGAACCAUGAACCCGAGGAGGAAGAGGAGGAGGAAAUGGAGACAGAAGAGAAAGAAGCUGGGGGCUCAGAUGAGGAACGAGAGAAGGGCAGCAGCAGUGAGAAGGAAGGCAGCGAGGAUGAGCGCUCUGGCAGUGAGAGUGAACAGGAGGAGGGUGACAGGGACGAGGCGAGUGACAAGAGUGGCAGCGGUGAGGAUGAAAGCAGUGAGGAUGAGGCCCGGGCCGCCAGAGACAAAGAGGAGAUCUUCGGCAGUGAUGCUGAUUCGGAGGAUGAUGCCGACUCUGAUGAUGAGGACAGAGGACGGGUUCGUGGCAGUGACAAUGACUCAGACAGUGGCAGUGAUGGGGGUGGCCAGCGGAGCCACAGCCGGAGCCGGAGCGCCAGUCCCUUCCCCAGUGGCAGCGAGCAUUCUGCUCAGGAGGAUGGCAGUGAAGCUGCAGCUUCUGAUUCCAGUGAAGCUGACAGUGACAGUGACUGAGUCCCAAAGCCUUCAGCCCUGGUGCAGAUAGUUAUUUUGUGCAGGAAGGCACUUUUCGCGUGAUCUCUUUGUGAGCCUAUUGCUUUGUUUUCCUCUCCUCCAAACCUCUGCUGUUAAUAAAGCCAGCUUCUCUUUA